AUGGGCAACCUCUGCGGCAAGCAGUCCAAAGACGGCUUCGACGGCCCCGGGCGGACGCUGGGCUCUGCGCCGGCGCCAGCGACCAAAGCCUCGGUUCCAGCGGGCGCAAACGCGAAAGUGAGCGCUGGGUCGACACAGAAGCGCACUGUGGGCGGACCACCACGGACGCUGGGGGAGAGAAAUGCGGCAAGCGAUCCUAGGAGUGCGGCUGCGGCCGCUGCAGAGGCACGCGCAAACAAGAACACAACUGGCGACCUCCAGAAGAAGCUCGACGCACAGAAGAGGCAGACACGCGAACAAACGCUGAAGGAGGUCGCAAACGAGAACAACCGGCACCGCGAUGCAGAGGAGACAAGGGCUGCACAGACGCACCUUUGA